AUGAACCAGCAAAGCCAGCAGCAGGGCCAUGCGCCAGGUUAUCCCAACCAACCCCAACAGGGAUAUGAUCAGGAGCUGCCAAAUGAGAUCACGUCUUUGAAACUCCCUCCCGAGAGUUCCCCUGCCGCUCCUACUCAGGAGAAGAAAGAGUCCACCGCACCGAUAUCACGCCUCGAAAAAGAUGUUUUGGAAUGGCGGAAGGAAAUGCAUGCGGAAAUGGAGAAACUCAAAGUGUCUCAAAGGGAUCUGGCAAAGGCUGUUGAGAAAGAUAAGGAGGCCAUGUUCCGGGAGCACCGCACGCAGCGAGCGGUUAUCAGGGGCCUGGGCGCGGAUGCGUUCAUUCGCCACAUGGAUGACGAAAAGGAAAUACGCAAACACUUUCAGAGACUUCGUGGAGAUGUUCUCGACGCCUUGCCGGAGAUGGUCAAGGCGGCCGUAGAUAAACACGAUAACCGGGGCCUCCCCCCAAGAAAGCGCCACAGUGGCUCAGUCAACUACUGA